UAUUCCUUCUCUUUUAAUCCAAACAAAAUCCAUCUCACGCUUAACCCUAUUUUUCAUUUUCUCUAUGUCCCUUUGCGUCCCUAAAUUUCUUCAUAAAACACACUUCAAUGGCCAAAAAACUCAGAAAACUCUUCCCAGAUGAAACAACAACCUCAAACCAAACCCAAACACAAGAUUGCUAUGGCUUAUGCGACCCUGCAUGCCCUUACAACUGCUACACUAACCAAGACUACUUCUUGUCUCCACCACCACCAUUUGUUUCACCAUCAACACAAGUUAACCACAUAUCCUCCUACGUGAUCAUCCUCGGAACUCUCUUCGCUGUCGUUUUUGUUGUCCUAGGUUUCUACGUGAUCAAAGUGAAGUGCUAUGCUGCAUGGUGUGGGUGGCGGCUCAACGGGUCCCUUCCUUCUCAAUCAGACACCACCACCGAGGAGUUUCUCCAUGAGAACCAAGUUGACCACCCCGUGUGGCUCAUUGCCACGGUGGGGUUGCAACAAUCCAUCAUAAACUCCAUCACGGUGUGCAAGUACAAAAGCAACGAAGGGUUGGUUGAAGGAACCGAGUGUUCGGUGUGUUUGAACGAGUUCCAAGAGGAAGAGACCUUGAGACUCUUGCCAAAGUGCAACCAUGCUUUUCACAUCCCUUGUAUUGACACUUGGUUGAGAUCACACACCAAUUGUCCUCUUUGUCGCGCAGGUAUUGUCUCUAGCAGUGUUAUUUCUGAAGCACCCGUGUCGAAUUUGGAGCACGAGAAUGCAAAUUUGGGAAGAAAUCAAGAGACCCUUAUGGAGAAUUCAAGGAAUGAAGGCUCGUUAAACAGCAACACGGUUGCAGGGGAAUCAAGUGAAGCACUAGAGUUGGUUGAUGAAUCAAAUUCUAAGGAUCGCGUGCAUGAUCAAACUCAGAACCAUCACGUUCUGGAAAUUGAGAUUCACACAGAAAUGGGGUCUGUUUCAACCACAGAAUCUGAAAGCCAUCAUGUUGGUGAUGAACAUAAACAUGUUAAUCGACGGAAGCAAGAGCAAGAUGGUGAUUACCACCCAAAAACGUGUAAAACAAUGCGUCGUUGUUCCUCUAUUGAAGAGUGUUUGCAUUUAAGCCCGGUAUCCAUGAAAAGAUCAUUCUCCUGCAAUGGAAGGAUUCUAACUUCCAGAGGUUGCAUGACUUUAAACUCUAGGCUCCAUUCAUCUCUGCCAGAAUUUUCAAUCUGUUAGAGACGAACAUAGCAUGACAUGAGAUACUGUUAUUCAUCAGUAUCAUGAAAUAUGAUGUUCAUUUUACUACUCUCAGAAUUUUGAGGGCACCCUUCGUAGGUUGGAGUUUGAACACGGACAUGGUGUACACAGCAAAUUGGGAAAGAGAAAGAGGUUUGAUUGUGAAGAAUAAAAUGUUAAUUGUAAUUGAAGUUUUAGCAAGUGAUGGGACAUGUGAAAGUAACUAUGCUGUGCGCUAUACCACAAAUCACAAUGUUCAACGGCACUGCACAACAUAACAGGUUUGCUCCUACAAAAGGGAAUGAGGCACACUAAGUGCUCUUUUUUUUGGUUCUACAUCGUGUGUUAGUAAAAGUUUUUGAUUUUUCCCACAUGAUAUUGUGGUAUGCUAUCGUAGUCCUACAUAAGAAAUUGGAUAUGAUAAAGCACAACCAGGUCAUCAUUAUGUAAUUGAAGUGGACCAAAAUAAAUUUGCAUUGAUGUCUGUGAUUACUGUAUUACAAAUGUGCAGAUCAUAAGAACAUAAGAAGAAAGCAAAGUUUUAAAUUGUAAA